CAUGCCCUGAUAUAUGACAGUAAAUUGCUUGUGUUUUAUGCAGAGACUGUGGAAGAUAUUGAAGGAACAUCCGUUCAUUGUUUGGAUUUGAUGAAUACGGUUUGGACAAGGCUUGACCAUCUUGACGGGCCAGCCAAAUAUUUGAUCAGUUUUCAAGAUGGUAAGAGCUACUACAUUAUACAAAGAAAUGGGAACGUGUGGAGAUUGGCAAAUACCAAAGUUAAACUUGUGUCAUUUAAGUUUAUUGGAAAACUGUGGACAUCCGAUAGAGUUUUAUAUGGCGCCGUGCAUUGCAAGGAUCAGCUAAUGUUAUUUGGA